UCCUAUUGUCAGUGAAUGAUGGCGGAGCUGAGUGGCUUGUCAUCAUUCUCGAAAAUUCUGAGGCUAGUGAGCUCUUUCCCUCUCUCCCACUCGCCUUAUUUUCCUGUUCGCCACUGCGGGGACUUUUUCUAAUUUGCAGCUUCCCUUUCCCCGGCACACACAGACAGGAGCUGGUGGCUUGCAGACUGCGUCUGUCUAGAGCUAGAGAGCCAGAGAGCCAGCCUGUGGGGAUAAUGCUCCCGGAGAAGGAUUCUGCAGCAGUUCUCAAAGGCUAGACUUGAGUGGUGUUGCUGCAUAUGCGCUGAUCUCCAGGCAUAGAUUUACCAUUUGAAUAUAAAAAAUGCAUUUGCUUAAUGAUUCUUCAGCUUGUUGUCUCUAACCGAGGAAGCAUUGACUGGGAACUACUCAUUCAGAAAAUUAAAAGAAAGAAGCUAGAAAAUAUUAUCAACCCUUUGAGAACACGACAUAACGAACUUUGUAUUUUACCACUUCCUUGAAUAGGAGAAGUAACAAGGCAUUGAAGAAUGGCAGAUGAACGGAAAGAUGAAGCAAAGGCACCUCACUGGACCUCAGCACAGCUAACAGAGGCAUCGGCACACUCACAUCCACCUGAGAUUAAGGAUCAAGGCGGAGCAGGGGAAGGACUUGUCCGAAGCGCCAAUGGAUUCCCAUACAGGGAGGAUGAAGAGGGCGCGUUUGGAGAGCAUGGGUCACAGGGCACCUAUUCAAAUACCAAAGAGAAUGGGAUCAACGGAGAGCUGAGCUCAGCUGACAGAGAAACAGCAGCUGGAUACUUAAAAUUAGAAGCAAAAUUUUCCAAGGAGGUGUCUGCAAGGAUAGUUCAAGUAGUCACUGCUGAGGCUGUAGCGGUUCUGAAAGGUGAACAAGAGAAAGAAGCUCAGCAUAAAGACCAGACUGCAGCUCUGCCUUUAGCAGCUGAAGAAACAGCUAAUCUGCCUCCUUCUCCACCCCCAUCACCUGCCUCAGAACAGACUGUCACAGUGGAGGAAGAAGAAGAAAUGCUAGAGAGUCGGAUGGCUGAGGAAGAGAAACCUGCUACUCUUCCUGAGAAAGAGUAUGGGGCUGCUAAGUCCUCAGACCAACCCACAGGCCUCAGUAAGGGCCAAGUGGAGUCUAGUGCGGAGGCCCAAAUAGAUCCUGAAGAAAGUGCUCCAGCAGGGGCCCCACAUGAGAAAAGUGUAAAAGAGGUCAAGGAGGUGUCUCCAGAAGUAAAAACCCCUUCCUCUGCUGGGGAAGAUUUACUUACAGCCUCGAAGAUGGAGUUCCAUCAUCAGCAGGAAUUGACUUCCUCUGCAGUUGAGCCUUUAGACAAGAAGGAAAAGGAGUCAGAGAAGCAAAGUAAGCCUGGUGAAGACCUUAAACAUGCUGCCUUAGUUUCUCAACCAGAGACAACUAAAACUUAUCCUGAUGAAAAGGACAUGCAAGGCACAGAAGAAGAAAAGGCACCAGCUUUGUUUGGGCACACUCUUGUUGCCAAUCUGGAAGACAUGAAACAGAAGACAGAACCAAGCCUUGUAGUACCUGGCAUUGACCUCCCUAAAGAGCCUCCAACUCCAAAAGAACAAAAAGACUGGUUCAUUGAAAUGCCAACCGAAGCAAAAAAGGAUGAGUGGGGUUUAGUUGCUCCCAUAUCUCCUGGCCCGCUGACUCCCAUGAGGGAAAAAGAUGUAUUUGAUGAUAUUCCAAAAUGGGAAGGGAAACAAUUUGAUUCUCCCAUGCCAAGUCCCUUUCAAGGUGGAAGCUUCACUCUUCCUUUAGAUGUCAUGAAGAGUGAAAUAGUUACAGAAACAUCACCUUUCACCCCUGCCUUUUUACAGCCAGAUGACAAAAAAUCUCUGCAACAAACGAGUGGCCCAGCUACUGCCAAAGAUAGUUCUGAAAUUGAAGAGCCCCAUAAGGAUAAACCUGACAAAAUGGCAGAAGUACCACCCUCAGAGGCAAUGACUUUACCCAAAAAUGCUCACAUUCCAGUUGUAGAAGAACAUGUUAUGGGAGAAGUCUUAGAGGAAGAAAAGGAGGCCAUAAAACAAGAGAUUGUGCAGCAAAAAGACAUUUUCACCCCCAGUGGACAGGAACCUACACUUACUGAAAAGGAACCUGAGCUGAAGCUUGAAGAAAAAACCAUCAUUUCUGACAAAGAAGCUGUUCCAAAAGAGACUAGACCCCCAAAACUUGCAGAUGAAGAAACAGGCAUAAUCCAGACCUCCACAGAGCACACUUUCUCAGAACAGAAAGGCCACGAGCCUACCACAGAUAUGUUGAAACAGGACUUAUUCCCUGUAAGUUUGGAGCAAGCAGUUACAGAUUCAGCUGUGACCUCUAAAACACUGGAGAAAGCCAUGACUGAACCAUCUGCAUUAAUUGAAAAAAGCUCAAUUCAGGAACUUUUUGAUAUGAGAGUCGAUGACAAAGAUAAGAUUGAAGGAGUUGGAGCUGCAACAUCAGCUGAGCUUGACAUGCCAUUUUAUGAAGAUAAAUCAGGAAUGUCCAAGUAUUUUGAAACAUCUGCCUUGAAAGAAGAAGCAACAAAAAGCAUUCAGCCAGGCAGUGAUUACUAUGAACUGAGUGACACUAGAGAAAGUGUCCAUGAGUCUAUUGAUACUAUGUCUCCCAUGCAUAAAAAUGGUGACAAGGAAUUUCAAACAGGAAAAGAAUCCCAGCCCAGUCCUCCAGCCCAGGAAGCAGGGUACAGCACUCUCGCACAGAGUUAUCAGUCUGAUUUACCUGAAGAACCCAGUUCUCCUCAAGAAAGAAUGUUCACUAUUGAUCCAAAAGUAUAUGGAGAGAAAAGGGACCUCCACAGUAAGAAUAAGGAUGAUUUGACCCUUAGCAGGAGUUUAGGACUUGGUGGUAGGUCUGCAAUUGAACAAAGAAGCAUGUCAAUCAAUUUACCCAUGUCUUGCCUAGAUUCCAUAGCCCUUGGAUUUAACUUUGGUCGGGGUCAUGAUCUUUCUCCUCUGGCUUCCGAUAUUCUAACCAACACUAGUGGAAGUAUGGAUGAAGGGGAUGAUUACCUUCCAGCCACCACACCUGCACUGGAGAAAGCCCCUUGCUUCCCUGUAGAAAGCAAAGAGGAAGAACAGAUGGAGAAAGUAAAAACUACUGGAGAAGAAAAUACUCAAGUGGAGACGACAUGUGAGUCUCCUUUCCUCGCCAAAGAUUUUUACAAAAAUGGUACUGUCAUGGCACCUGACCUGCCUGAAAUGCUAGAUCUGGCAGGCACAAGGUCAAGAUUGGCUUCUGUGAGUGCAGAUGCUGAGGUUGCCAGGAGGAAAUCAGUCCCAUCAGAGAUGGUGGUUGAGGAUAGUCGUACUGGCUUGCCCCCAGUAACUGAUGAAAACCAUGUCAUUGUAAAAACUGACAGUCAGCUCGAAGACCUGGGCUACUGUGUGUUCAAUAAAUACACAGUCCCAUUGCCAUCGCCUGUUCAAGACAGUGAGAACUUAUCAGGGGAGAGUGGUUCCUUUUAUGAAGGUACUGAUGAUAAAGUUCGAAGAGAUUUGGCCACAGACCUUUCAUUGAUUGAAGUGAAACUGGCAGCAGCCGGAAGAGUCAAAGAUGAGUUCAGUGUAGACAAAGAAGCAUCCCUGCCUAUCUCUGGUGACAAAUCAGGACUGAGUAAGGAGUUUGACCAAGAGAGGAAAGCUAGCGAUAGGCUGGAUACUGUACUAGAAAAGAGUGAAGAACAUGCUGAUUCAAAAGAACAUGCCAAGAAAACUGAAGAGGCUGGUGAUAAAGUGGAAACAUUUGGAUUAGGAGUAACCUAUGAACAAGCUUUGGCCAAAGAUUUGUCAAUACCAACAGAUGCAUCCUCUGAGAAAGUAGAGAAGGGUCUUAGUUCAGUGCCAGAGGUAGCUGAGGUAGAACCAUCCAAAAAAGCAGAACAAGGUCUGGAUUUUGCUGCCAACAAAGCUGUCCAGGGUCAAAUAGAUGUUAAAAUUAGUGACUUUGGACAGAUGGCUUCAGGGCUAAACAUAGAUGCUAGAAGGGCAACAGAGCUAAAACUUGAGGCUACACAGGACAUGACCCCCUCAUCCAAAGCACCACAGGAGGCAGAUGCAUUUAUGGGUGUUGAGUCUGGCCACAUGAAAGAAGGCACCAAAGUUAGUGAGACAGAAGUCAAAGAGAAAGUGGCCAAGCCUGACUUGGUGCACCAGGAGGCUGUAGACAAGGAGGAGUCCUAUGAGUCUAGUGGUGAGCAUGAAAGUCUCACCAUGGAGUCCCUGAAAGCUGAUGAGGGCAAGAAGGAAACAUCUCCCGAAUCAUCUCUAAUUCAAGAUGAGAUUGCCAUCAAAUUGUCAGUGGAAAUACCUUGCCCACCUGCUGUUUCAGAGGCUGAUUUAGCUACAGAUGAGAAAGCUGAUGUCCAGAUGGAAUUUAUUCAGGGGCCAAAAGAAGAAAGCAAAGAGACUCCAGAUAUAUCCAUCACACCUUCUGAUGUUGCAGAGCCAGUGCAUGAAGCAAUCAUAUCUGAACCAGCAGAGGUUCAGAGUGAGGAAGAAGAGAUAGAAGCCCAGGGAGAAUAUGAUAAACUGCUCUUCCGCUCAGAUACCCUUCAGAUUACUGACUUGGGUGCCUCAGGUGCCAGGGAGGAAUUUGUGGAGACCUGCCCAGGUGAACACAAAGGAGUGAUUGAAUCCAUUGUGACCAUCGAGGAUGAUUUCAUCACUGUAGUGCAAACCACAACUGAUGAAGGGGAGUCAGGGUCCCACAGUGUGCGUUUUGCAGCCCUAGACCAGCCUGAGGUGGAAAGGAGACCAUCCCCUCAUGACGAAGAAGAGUUCGAUGUCGAAGAGGCAGCUGAAGCCCAGGCAGAACCCAAAGAUGGUUCCCCGGAGGCUCCAGCUUCCCCCGAGAGAGAAGAAGUUGCACUUUCUGAAUAUAAGACAGAAACCUAUGACGAUUACAAAGACGAGACCACCAUUGAUGACUCCAUCAUGGAUGCUGACAGCCUCUGGGUGGACACUCAAGAUGAUGAUAGGAGCAUCAUGACAGAACAGUUAGAAACUAUUCCUAAAGAGGAGAAAGCUGAAAAGGAAGCUCGGAGAUCAUCUCUUGAGAAACAUAGAAAAGAAAAGCCUUUUAAAACUGGGAGAGGCAGAAUUUCCACUCCUGAAAGAAAAGUAGCUAAAAAGGAACCUAGCACAGUCUCCAGAGAUGAAGUGAGAAGGAAAAAAGCAGUUUAUAAGAAGGCUGAACUUGCUAAAAAAACAGAAGUUCAGGCCCACUCUCCCUCCAGGAAAUUCAUUUUAAAACCUGCUAUCAAAUAUACUAGACCAACUCAUCUCUCCUGUGUUAAGCGGAAAACCACAGCAGCAGGUGGGGAAUCAGCUGUGGCUCCCAGUGUAUUUAAACAGGCAAAGGACAAAGUCUCUGUUGUCCCUGUGCAGGCUUGUUACAAGGGUAUAUUACGCGAUGCUGAGAAUUCUACCUUGUCAAAGAUUCCUGCUUUACAGGGUAGCACAAAGUCCCCAAGAUACAGCUCAGCCUGCCCUAGCACGACUAAAAGGGCUACAUUUUCUGACAGUUUAUUAAUACAGUCCACCUCAGCAGGCUCCACAGACCGUUUGCCAUACUCAAAAUCAGGGAACAAGGAUGGAGUAACCAAGAGCCCAGAAAAGCGCUCUUCUCUCCCAAGACCUUCCUCCAUUCUUCCUCCUCGCCGAGGUGUAUCAGGAGACAGAGAUGAGAAUUCCUUCUCUCUCAACAGUUCUAUGUCUUCUUCAGCACGACGGACCACCAGGUCAGAGCCAAUUCGCAGAGCAGGAAAAAGUGGUACCUCAACACCCACUACUCCUGGGUCUACUGCCAUCACUCCUGGCACCCCACCAAGUUAUUCUUCACGCACACCAGGCACUCCUGGAACCCCUAGCUAUCCCAGGACCCCUCAUACACCAGGAACCCCCAAGUCUGCCAUCUUGGUGCCGAGUGAGAAGAAGGUCGCCAUCAUACGUACUCCUCCAAAAUCUCCCGCGACUCCCAAGCAGCUUCGGCUUAUUAACCAACCACUGCCAGACCUGAAGAAUGUCAAAUCCAAAAUUGGAUCAACAGACAACAUCAAAUACCAGCCUAAAGGGGGGCAGGUUAGGAUUUUAAACAAGAAGAUCGAUUUUAGCAAAGUUCAGUCCAGAUGUGGUUCCAAGGAUAACAUCAAACAUUCGGCUGGGGGCGGAAAUGUACAAAUUGUUACCAAGAAAAUAGACCUAAGUCAUGUGACAUCCAAAUGUGGCUCUCUGAAGAACAUCCGCCACAGGCCAGGUGGUGGACGUGUGAAAAUUGAGAGUGUAAAACUAGAUUUCAAAGAAAAGGCCCAAGCUAAAGUUGGUUCUCUUGAUAAUGCUCAUCAUGUACCUGGAGGUGGUAAUGUCAAGAUUGACAGCCAAAAGUUGAACUUCAGAGAGCAUGCUAAAGCCCGUGUGGACCAUGGGGCUGAGAUCAUUACACAGUCCCCAGGCAGAUCCAGCGUGGCAUCACCCCGGCGACUCAGCAACGUCUCCUCAUCUGGAAGCAUCAACCUGCUCGAAUCUCCUCAGCUUGCCACUUUGGCUGAGGAUGUCACUGCUGCACUCGCUAAGCAGGGCUUGUGAAUAUUUCUCAUCUAGCGUUGAAGUAAUACUAUUUAGGCAUGAGCUCUUGGCAGGAGUGGGCUCUGAGCAGGUGUUAUAUUCAUUCUUUAUAAACCAUAAAAUAAAUAAUCUCAUCCCCAAACUGUAGUAAUUGUUACAAUUUUAUAUUUUAAAAAAUGAAUAGUACAUGCAGAAAUUGACCUGAUUUCCAUUUGCAACAGGAAGACACUGGCUUUACAUGGGUUCAAUUGGACAAUUACUUUUGCUCUGCUCUGUUUUGCAUGGAGUAUUAUUAUUUUAAAAAUUGCAUUUUUACCUUUCAUGUGCCUGAAGGCUAUCCACUACAUUCUGAAGGCCUUGUUAAAAUCCAAGCUGCUCAUUUCACUAUUCUGUUUCUGAGUGAGAAGAUUAAAAACUGCCCAUUGUAACUUAUUUCAGGUUAAAUUAAACCAAGGAGUCUGAUUGCAGGAAGGGAAGAGCAUGUAAGAAAUAAGUUUUUUUAAAGUGUUAUUUUGUAUAAAUGGGAAGAAAGAUUCAAUUAAGUUAUUAACAUUUGGGACCUGGAUAAUUAUAUCAGAGUAUGUCAAUCCAAUAAAUUAUUUAACUUACUAAAAAAUAGUUGCAAAGCAUUUGAGCUGUGGUUGAGGAAGUGGGACGAAAGUGCAUCCCUUAGGAAUGAUGCACUUUCAUUAGGAUGGACUCGUGUCUGAUUAGAAUGUCAGUUGAUCAGCUAGAUUUGUGUCCACACUACCAGUUUCACACCCCCUUUCCGUCUGUUUGAUACAGUAUUAUAGAUAUAAAUAUAUAUAUAUAUUUCUCUGUGGCCAUUUGUGAUACUUCCUCAUAUACUUGAAUAUUAUACUUCUUUAUUCACAGUAUCUGUGUCUCCUGCACCCUUUGGUGUUGCAAUUUUAGGUAUGUGAAAGUAGAUGUUAGCAGGGUUCUCUCCCUAUUUAAAAAAAAAUUCAUUAAAAAAGACAAAAAAUUUUAGCAUGAAGUUGCUUUCUGUAACAACUCAAAGCCGUAACCCUGUUUUAGUGCCAGAUACAAGUCUCUCCCGUGAUGCUAGAAAAAAUUAUUUUUCUUUGCUUUCACCAACAUGGAGUUUGUGGGGGUGGGUCCAGUUAUACAUGAAAGGGUUUACAGAUUGUUGGUUUGAGAUUAUGGAUUUAGCUCAUUUUUAAUCACAGGAUAGUUUGGGUUUUAUUCCUAUUAGUCACAAAACCAACUUAAGAUUUUUCUUUAUUUUUAUUUUUUUUCCAUUUGCUAAAGUUGAAAGUUGAAACUAACAUAAAUUUGAAACAUGUUUUCUCAUUUUUCCAAAUAGUAUCUGUUAUUAAAUUCUCUAAUAGAAUAUGUUUGUCUUUCUUACCCAAAGUAAAGGUCCCCUGAUCAGAAAGAAAAAAUAAAACACUUUGAGACACUAUAGCUAGAAAACACUUGAGACACAGGUAUCUAAAUCAGUUUUUUUCCAAGACUCUAACAUUGCAUUCUGUAAAGUAACACAAUGUGAUCUAGUAUUAUUUAUCAGUAGAUAAUAAUUUUCUGACUGUAUGUACAGUCUAGAAAUCACAAAUCAAUUAAUUCCUCUCACUUAGGAAUUCAUCUUAGACUUACAAAUAAGUCAUCUUAGACUUACAAAUAAAUCAUUCAUCUUAGACUUAACAAAUAAGCAAUGAAAUAGUCAAUGGCCUGAUUAAAGCAAAGAGCUACCAGGCUGGAUGGACACAUUUUAGUAUUUCAUCUGUUCUUUUUCUUGCUCAGGGCUGGCGGGCUGGAUUUAAACCAUUAAAAUCAAAUGGUCCACUAGGCAUAUGAUCUCUCUGAGCCAAAUCAGCUCCUGAAUAUAAAGGAGGAAAUGAUACAGAUGGACUGAGGCAACGGGGAAGUACAGAAACAUCUAUGACAAAAGCCAAGGGAUGCAAAGACAGGGAUACAGGUGCUUUUUUGGUGACCAAGUGGAUAUGGCAACCAAUGUAACACCCAUACAAGAAACCUUAGGAGCAAACCCACACCAGUCAGUCUCGGCUAAGAGAUUUUAUGCAGGCAAACAUGUCUUAAACCACUUAUAAAUCUGUUACUUUGUAUGACAGUCAAAACCUUAGAAGCUACUGAGUAGGAUCAUAGAUAUGUCUAUUUUCUGCCUAUUAAUUGCUAUGAGGUUUGAUUUGACCAGUCGGGGCAAUUUAUUAAUCAGCUUCCCUUGAAGUGCAGCAGAAAAUAGAAGAAAGGUGUGUGGAGACAGGGUAUUUUCUUACAUGUUUUGAUGGUCUUAAAUAGUGACUAAAGUUCUCUAGAAAGAAGUUAACAGCUCAUUAGAAAAGUUUUAACCUGUGAAAUAAGUAUUUUUCUCGACAUUCUUUAAACUUUUUAUAUGUUAACACUAAGUAAACAUUCUACAUACUAAAAUUCAGUUUAUUAAAAAUACAUGUCAAAAAUAAAGAUUAUAGGAGGCACCGAACUAUUAGAUUUGGCAUUAAAACAAAUGUUUAUUUCUAAUCACAGCAAAAUUAUAAUGAAUAAAUGUUCUUGUUUUGUAUGGAAUACAAUUCUUGAUUAAAAUUAGCAGAAAGGAACUGAUCAUUUGUACCAGUAAGGAGAGAAACACAUAGGUUAAAUGUCUUCUUGUGGGGUUAAGGGGUAACACCCAUCUUGCCUUCACUCUCAAGAUAAUGACUCAAAUUAAGCUUUCUGAGCACCACUUCUGUGGGGACACACAUACGCUGAUCUAGGAAUGAAAUCUUCGUGGUCUCAGUUCUAGAUCUACUAUGCCAGUUUCUCUUUGGCUUUAGCCUUUGAGAAACUGUAUAAGAAUACAUAAGUAAUCCAGAGCUGUGAAGAGUUAAAAGGCCAUCUUCUCCAAUGAACUCACUCUCUGGGUCACUUGCAACCAAAAAUUGGAUACCUCAUAAUGAUGCAGCAAAGACCCGAGUUCAUGAUGAGUUUCAAAGGCCACGUUCAUUUAGGAACCAACUCUCUCUGGAUUCACCUGCUGAGUUCCAGCAGGGUGAUGGGCUGACAUCCCACCUACAAGCGUGACACCUAUGUAACACCAGCUAGGUAUGGCUGAAGAAGGCUGUCAUUAAAUGGAAGAAUGUACUGAUCUUAGUGACCUUCUCCACACACACACACACACACGCACCCCUAUAGUAAUACAGCAAGAGUGGGAUAAUCAGCCAAUAUGUAACAUCAUGGCAGUAUUUUAUUAAAGAAAUAAUCUGAAUAUGGUUGAUUUUGUCAUAGCUGCAAUUAUAGUUUUCUUCUAUUUUUCAAGCCACAGUAAGGAAAAUAAACUACUCAUGGUCUAAAUAGCAGAGAUAAAGUAGAUUCAUGGCUUGGUAAGGAAAUUCUAAGCAUUCCUUCAAAGACUGAUGUACUAAAAUCAGCAUUGAUGUUUUGGUUUUUUUAACACCUAGGAUUUUUAGCUUGGGUGUGUAGGUGAAGGCCAAGACCCUCUGCAGGAAAAAGCUUAUUUUCAAACUCAGAAAAUAAAAUGUCAAUCAUAAAAAUCUACUUCAACUUUAGCAAAAAGAAAAAAAAAUCAACAAAAAGUAUACUCUGUAUGCUGGGAUUCCGAGGUUCCAACACACCGUUACAAAUCUGUGGGGGGUUUCUUUCUUCUGAUAAUUCUAGAGCCUGUUACCAUAGAAAGGCAUUUCUUCAAUGGCUGGUUGUAGUUAGUUCAUGUUUUUCAAUCAAAUUUGCAAAUGUAUUUGUUGCUGUAUAGUGAUUGUUUUGCAAAAUAAAAUUGCUUGUCACCUAA